UUUCGUCAUCAAUCAAAAUCAAGAAAAAUGGAACAAAUAAUAUCUUCUAAUCAAAGAUCUCUACUGAAUCCUUAUGUUCUUCAUUUACAAAAGCUUGGCCUUGAACUCAAAUGCCCCCUUUGUUUAGGGUUGUUUAAAAAGCCUGUAUUGCUUCCCUGCACUCAUAUUUUUUGCAAUUCGUGUUUGUCUGAGGCUACAUCUGAGUGUCCUGCUUGUAAACAUUCAUAUGUUCAUCAAGAGGUUAAAUCUGCAUCUUUUAUGGAAAAUAUUGUUAACAUUUAUAAGAAUCUUGAUGCCACCUUCAAUGCAAGUCUUGUUCAUCCUGUAUGUUCGGAUGUUAAGUCAGUGAAUUUGCAAACUGAUAUGCCUACCCUAUUGAACGGCUCUGCUGUUACUACCCCUGAAAGUGGUCGAAAACAAGAGUUUAAGAAGAGUGUUGGUGAGAAUCCUGGUGUUUUAGAUGCAGAGCGGAAGGCGGUGGGUGAGAAGGAAUUGGAGACUGGUGUUGGUGGAGUUGGAUUUAUGCAGAUGGAGCAGAUGAGCCCUCCGUUUUCGAGUGAUAGCAAAGAUGAUGGUAAUUCUAGUGAUCCAAAUGGUUGCCAUAAGAAUUCGGUAUGUUCAUCAAAGAGACCAGCUGAGAAUGAUGCCCAUGUCACAAAUGUAGAGUUGAACACUAGAUGCAUCUCUGGAACCGCCUGUCAAACCAAUGAAGGCAAAAGGCAAAAGAAAAAUGAUACUGAGCUGGACUUAAAUGGCCUUCCUCAGAGUAAUGGUGUUUCUUGUGAUAAUAUAACUACAAAUUUGGAGACCAAGUUUGAAAAAUCUCUAUCUGGUGAAAAGCCAUCUGUUGUUUUGGAUCGUUUGGAUUUGAGAGAGAAUCUUUGUGCUUUUUGUCACACUUCUGAGUGCUCGAUUGUAAGUGGACCAAUUGUAUCCUAUGCUCAAGGAAAGGAAGUGACUGGCAGUCUCUCUAAUUUCUCUAAGGUUACACAUGUUCAUGAAAAAUGUAUUUCAUGGGCUCCACAAAUUUACUUCAACAAGAGUGGACUUAUUAAGAACUUAGAAUCUGAAGUGGCAAGGGCUAACAAGUUGAAGUGUGCCAGCUGUGGUAAAAAGGGGGCUGUUCUUGGUUGCUUUAUGAAGUCAUGUCAAAGAUCUUACCACGUGCCUUGUGCAUAUCACGUUGAAGAUUGCAGAUGGGAUCAAGAGGAUUUGCUGUUGCUGUGCCCGAAACAUAUAUCAACAAAAUUUCCAAGAGAAAAGAAGUCAAAAGCUGGGAAGAUAGUUACUGAGAAAAGAAUAUCUUCGAGUUUGAAUUCUUGUACAAGUACAACAUUGUUAGCUGGUGGAAAGGAUUUGGUGUUAUGUGGUUCUGCUCUUUCUCCAGAAGAAAAGUAUUCUUUGGUUGAUUUUGGAAGAAGUAGUGGGGCGAUUGUGUCCAAAUACUGGAGAAAUAAUGUUACCCAUGUCAUUGCUGCCACAGAUUCCAACGGUGCGUGCACAAGAACACUGAAAGUUCUGAUGGCCAUUCUGAAUGGCAGAUGGAUUGUUACAACAAAGUGGGUAAAAGCAUGCAUUGAAGCUGGAUGUCUUGUUGAUCCAGAGCCCUAUGAAGUUACUCUUGAUACCCAUGGCUGUUCUGGUGGCCCCAAAGCUGGGAGGCUAAGAGUUCUUAAUAAUGGUCCAAAACUUUUCAACAACAUGAACUUUUACUUUAUUGGGAAUUUUGUGAAAGCUUUCAAGAAUGAUCUCUUAAACUUGGUUACCACUGCUGGAGGCACUAUCAGUGAGGUCAAGGAUCAACUAAUGUCAACAAGUAAUGCUGCUGGAGAUGUGAAAGCAAAUCAAGUUACUUUGGUUGUUUACAAUGCCGACCUUUCAGAUCGCUAUGAGUUUGAAGAUGAAGAAGCAAUCAAAUUUCAAAGAUUAGCUGCAGCAGAGAAUGUAGCUCAAGAAUAUGGGUCACGGGUUGUUGGUCAUACUUGGAUUUUGGAAUCUGUUGCUGCUUGCAGUUUACUGCCUUUUACUUCUAGGUCGUAACUACACAAUGUCCAGUUAUGCCGUAGUGCUUAGAAGUUAGAACUUAGCUUUUGCAUACAUGUUUUGGGGUUGCUUUUUGGUCACCUUUGUUGUGUAUGCUUCUACUUUUGUUACUACACUAUUACUUACAGUAUUACUUAUAACCUAGCAACAUGGGUUUGUGUAAUGAACUGAAGCAGUAAAUAAUGAAAUGAAAUGGCCUGUUAUAUUAACAA